CCUGUGCUGAUCGAUACUGGGGUUAGACUUGUAUGAAGAGGUGUAACAAUAAUUGUGGAGGAACGACAUGUGAUAAACAAACAGGAAGUUGCCGUUGUUGUGCUGAUGGUUACUGGGGUCAGAAUUGCGAAUUGAGAUGUGGCCAUUGCAGUGAAAGUUCUUGUGAUAAACAUAAUGGAACUUGUCAGUGUCAGACUGGAUGGGCUCCACCGAGAUGUAUAUUGUGUGCUGAUUUCUGGUAUGGUGAAAACUGCAACACGACAUGCAACUGUAGAGACAGGACUGAAAUUUGUAACAAGAAAGGAGGGCAAUGUACCUCUUGUCCAGAUGGAUGGACUGGUUCAGCGUGCGAUGAAUGUAUUGUUGGAAAAUAUGGAGACAACUGUAAUCAGACUUGUGGUAACUGCAAAGACAAACAAUGUGAUCGUCUGACUGGAUCUUGUCUUGGUGGAUGUGUUGUUGGGUUUACCAAACCGGAGACUGGCUGUGCAGAAAAACUUACAUCAGAUACACAAGAUAACAAGGAUACUGGUGUCACGGUCACCGCCCUGGCCAUUGUAGCAGUAGUGUCCAUAGCUGUAUAUAUUGUGCUCACCGGUAUGCUUGUUUGGUAUAUUAGACACCUAAAAGCGAAACUUAGACAGGGUGAACGAGACAGUUCUAAAGGGAAAGCGAACCAUGCAAAUGAUGAAGAUUACGAAAAUAGGGGAGCACAAAACAUUGAUACCAGUAAUGAAGCUGAUAUUGUGACUAACACAGGAGAGCCUUCUCGACAGGGGAGCCAGAGUACAACAUCUCAGUCACGUGAUCAGAAUCCACAAGAUCGUGAUAACGAGCGUGGUUACGUUAAUGCUGAGCAAGAUAUUUAAAUGAAUGAAUAUGAAAAACUUGAUACGUCUGCAGAUACCACUUCACAUAAUGUUUAUGAAAAAAUAACUGGUAUAUAAUGCCAGUAUAUUCUCGUUUAGCAAAUCUGUUCACAACAUUUAGCUGUACAUUUGCACCUAAUGUUGGCCUGGCUACAAGCAAUUAUAUACUAUUAUAUAAGUACUUAUAUACACUAUUGCAUACACGUGCAUUUAGAUAUGUAAUGUUGAUAAUUCUUAGUUAUUUUGAAGAACAUGUACACGAGUAAGUGUGACACUGGGGUUUUAAUAUUUCAUGGUAUGGCAUGAGCAAUAUGUUUUCUAACAAUAUUGUCAAUAUUGUAAAAUCAGUACAUCAUUCGGCGAACUUUUGUAAAAUAGCAUACCAAUCACCUUUCUAUCAGAAUGAUGUUGAUAAAAUCUGGUUUAAUCUGGAAGCUAUAUUGUCAUUUCUAUUAGCUUUAUGCGUUAAUGAUCUACACAGCAUUAUGGAAUAUUAGAGACAAGCUGUAUGAAUUAAAUAUCAUGUUUACUUAUGUAAGUGCUCCUAUUAUCUAAGAGUGUUUGAAUUAUGAAACGUGAUGGACAAACUCAAUGAAACCGAAAACAAAUGUGCGAAGAAAAAAGAGUAAUGUGACACAUAACGUGAAGAAUUCGUAUGCAGAUGAAGCAUGUGUUUUAUCAGGAAAAUAUAUAUAGAGAAAAUAUGCAACUGCUAUACGUUAGGUGGCCUUCGUUUCAUCGUUCUUUUCUGGGGGUUUUCUGGAUUUUUUUAUUUUUUUUUUUUUUUUUUUGCAUUUUCCAUAGUUUGACCCCCAAUAGCCGUUGCAUUUUCCGUGCUGGGUUGUCGUUAAACAUCUAUUGUGAUCUAUUCUGAUCAAUUGUUCCAUCUCUUAUAUUAUACUAAGUGGUGAAAUAAUCGUACGUCUAUACACCAACGUAAAAAAGGUUCAAAAUGUGUAACAGACCAGGUGUUAGUCCAGGGAGUUAUGUCAAUUUGCUUCUUAUUUUCUUCUUUUUUUUUUCUUUUUUUGCUUAUGUAUUUCGUAUUAUUCUUAAAACUAUCCGUAAUUAGAAAUAUAUUGGUAGCAUUUGUUUCGGUCAUUUGAUCAUGGCAGUGAUCUUAAAAUUCAAAAUAGCCAUCAUUUUAGGAUAAUUUACAUAUAGUUUUAUUCCCUGUUAACAUAGACACAGAAUAUGUGUAUAUUAGCAUUUUUGAAGUCAAUGAACUAGCUCAGAACAUUUUGUUUAGCCAUUUGGACAUACCUGCCAUCUUGAAAUUCAAAAUAUCCGUCAAUUAAAUAUAUUUUUAAAUAUCUUUCCUCUCAAUUGACCCACAACAACAAUUUGGAUAUAUCUUUACAUUUAUGAGCUCAGUGAAUGCAUUUGUACAAAAGGAAAAUUGUUGUCUGACAUAGGCAGUCAUCUUGAAAUUCAAAAUGGCCACCAGUUUAAUAUAUUUUUUCCAAUUGCCUCAACUCCUGAUUAACAUAGAAACACAAUAGUAUUUGUCUAUAUACAUUUCUGUAGUCAUGAAUUUAUUGGUGACAUUUUUAUAGUCCUCCAAUCACGACCAUCAUCUUGAGAUUCCAAAUUGGCACCAUUUAAGUGUAUUUUUCAUAUAUCUUAACUAUCGGAUGACGUAGAAGCAAAAUAUAUUGUUCUAUGUACAUUUGUAGGGACAAUGAAUUAAUUGGUGACAUUUGUAUAACUAUCUUCUAGUCAUGGCGACCACCUUGUAAUUUACAUUGGCAGCCAUAUAGAAAUUCAAAAUGACCAAAUAAGUUUCCUCUUUGUCCAUGUACAUUUUACAUGACAUAAUUAAAAUAUUCCAUUACUAAGGAUGUUCAUGUUUUAGAUAUUAAACUAAUGAAAUAGAGGAAUUUACCAAUUGUAAACAGUAAUUCACAAUUGGACAAUUGCUACGUUUGUAUACAAAGUGGCUACAACAUUUAGUAUGUGGCUAAUAAAAUGUUGUUUAAA